UUGCGCAGCCCAUGACCUGUCAUAUGGAAACUGGAAAGCACCGAAAUUUCCUCCUCCCUCGCAGUCCAACAGACAGUCAUAACCACUCAUAAAGUCAUGUCACUCAUAACAAACCAAUCUCUCUCUCUCUCUCUCUCAAACAAAACAAUUGCAAACCCAAAAUGAGAGUCUUGAUUAUCGUCCUCCUCCUCACUCUCAUCACCGUGAACCAGCACGGCUCAGCCGUCAACGGCGGAGACUUCACCGGCGACUACUCGAAACUCUCCGGUAUCAUAAUCCCAGGCUUCGCUUCCACACAGCUCCGCGCUUGGUCCAUCCUCGACUGCCCUUACUCUCCUCUCGACUUCAACCCACUCGACUUGGUCUGGCUCGACACCACCAAACUUCUUUCUGCUGUGAAUUGUUGGCUUAAGUGCAUGAUAUUGGAUCCUUACAAUCAAACAGAUCAUCCAGAAUGCAGGUCUCGGCCAGAUAGUGGCCUUUCUGCAAUCACUGAACUUGAUCCAGGUUAUAUAACAGGUCCUCUCUCUUCAGUGUGGAAAGAGUGGAUUAAGUGGUGUAUCGAGUUUGGUAUAGAGGCCAAUGCAAUCAUUGCUGUUCCAUAUGAUUGGAGAUUGUCACCAUCAAAGCUUGAGGAGCGAGAUCUUUACUUUCACAAGCUAAAAUUGACAUUUGAAACUGCCCUGAAACUUCGUGGAGGUCCCUCACUUGUCUUUGCCCAUUCUUUGGGUAAUAACGUCUUUCGUUAUUUUUUGGAGUGGUUAAAGCUAGAAAUUGCACCAAAACAUUAUUUCCAGUGGCUGGAUGAACACAUUCAUGCGUAUUUUGCUGUUGGGGCUCCUCUUCUUGGUUCAAUUGAGACUGUAAAAGCAUCACUUUCUGGACUUUCAUAUGGUCUUCCUAUUUCUGAGGGGACAGCUAGAUUGAUGUUCAAUUCAUUUGCUUCUUCAAUAUGGAUGUUGCCAUUUUCAAAGAAUUGUAGGGCAGAUAAUGCAUAUUGGAAGCACUUCUCUGGUGGGAGCAGGCAUGGUCAUCACAUGUAUCACUGUGAAGAGCAGGAAUUCCGGUCAAACUUCUCUGGGUUCCCAACAAAUAUAAUCAAUAUUGAAAUCCCAUCCAUUCGUCGAUUCGAUGCCUAUCCAUCAGUUGCAGAAGUGGCUGAGGCCAACUUAUCUAGCAUGGAAUGUGGACUGCCAACUCAGUUAUCAUUCUCUGCUCGUGAAAUAUCAGACGGGACCUUUUUCAAAGCAAUUGAGGAUUAUGAUCCGGAUAGCAAGAGGCUCUUGUACCAAUUAGAGAAGUAUCAUAGUGAUCCUAUUUUAAAUCCACUUACACCUUGGGACAGACCACCUAUAAAAAAUGUAUUUUGUAUCUAUGGAUUAGAUUCGAAGACUGAGGUUGGUUAUUAUUUUGCUCCGAGUGGCAAGCCUUACCCUGAUAAUUGGAUCAUUACAGAUGUCAUCUUUGAGGUUGAAGGAUCUCUAUUCUCAAGGUCAGGGGAUCUGGUUGAAGGGAAUCCAGGAGCCGCAAGUGGGGAUGAUACAGUACCAUACAAUUCCCUCUCUUUUUGCAAGAAUUGGCUUGGAUCAAAAGUGAACAUAACAAGGACUCCUCAGCCUGAGCAUGAUGGGUCCGAUGUACAAGUGGAAUUGAAUGUAGAACAUCAUCAUGGAGAAGACAUUGUUCCCAACAUGACAAGGUCACCUAGGGUUAAAUACAUAACCUUUUAUGAAGAUUCUGAAAGUAUUCCUGGAAAGAGGACAGCAGUUUGGGAGCUUGACAAAGCAAGUCACAGGAACAUAGUUAGACACCCAGUUCUAAUGAGGGAGUUGUGGCUUCAGAUGUGGCAUGAUAUCCAUCCUGAUGCAAAAUCUAGAUUUGUAACAAAAGCUAAGCGUGGACCUCUUAGGGAUGAGGACUGUUUUUGGGACUAUGGGAAAGCUCGGUGUGCGUGGCCUGAGUACUGUGAAUAUAGGUACAUUUUUGGGGAUGUUCACCUAGGGCAGAGCUGUAGAUUAAAGAACUCUUCAGCUGAUCUGCCAUUGCAUUAUCUAUAGAUUAGAAGGUGCUGGCAAUGGCGCAUACAUAUGAGAGGUCUAGUCUCUUGUAAAUUACAAUUCAUCCAGUUCAGCAUCUAGAAUCUUCACAAUGUUUGAUGGCCUUUAUCUCUGUUGCAACUCUCACUUGCUGUUUGGCCUCAUCCUUCAGUCCAUCUUGCAACCAAGGAUAACUCUGUCAGAUCUGCUUUGAAUUGCAGCCUAACCCUCCUUUAUUCUUGCUUCCAGUAUCUUAUUUUCUCCAAGGAGCGUAUUGUAAGCAAAGUCUUUCUAAGCCAUCACAACAGUGAAGCAGAGUUUUGUUCUUCAAAGACAUUCAUUAACACAGUUUAGAAUUUAGAUGUAAUAAGCUUUUGAAGAGUGCAUUUUUUUUUUUUUUUUUUUUUUUACCGAGUACGAGUCUGAUGCAGAGAAGUAUACAAUCUCAACCUUGAGCAAUGUUGGCAGGCAUUCUAAGAAGUACCUAGCCAGGCUAAGCAAGAUAUCUAUGAGGGUUGAUCGAUUAGAAUAGGAGGAUAAACAUGCAUACUUUGACUCAACAAUCAUAAUAAAGACUGCUUUGAUUCCUUUUUUAUUCC